AUGAAGUGCUAUCCUAAAGCGACACUUCCACUGAAAGUCGAAAUACGUCCACAAAAGUACUAUAAUUACACUAAUAUUGACAAGGAAAAAGCGACACACACAAAGACAAAGACAGAUUGUACAAUAGCGUCAUUAGAAGAACAUUCUGCUGAAUUUGGGCAGCAUAGGAUGAGUGCGUUUCCGGGUAACAGCUACAAUAGUUUAACCGUACCGGCGAGGCGCGAGCAAAACUCUUGCUGUAUGGCUCCACUGGGGUUAAAUCCAGACUGGAAAACCCCACAGCAUCCCUGCACUCUGCGACGAAGCGCUGCGAGAGGGGAAGCGUACGGCGAUGGAGGGGCAAUAGGGGCGCUGUCCGCCAGUAUCUGA